AGCAUCCACGAGGGACAGAAAAGAAUGUUGCGAUGACGUAGGUUACCAUACCUGCACAUUUUGUUGUUUUGUUCCUGUCGACGAGCCGUUAUUCUGCGAACUGUGACCCGACUGUCAGAUGAGAGAUGAAGAGGGUAGCGUUUGGUUCCUUUGCUGUGACGCAGCAGCCCGAGCGUUGCCACGGGGACCUGCUGAAGAUCUUCCGGCGGGCGGUGCGCAGCGUCAUGACCAUGUGCCGCGUCUGCCGCAUCUUCAUGUCUCACUCCAACUUCAGCUGCGGCAUGCAGCUCAACAUGUUGGAGAACUUCAACCAGCAGAGCUCAACGGGCAAAACCCUCGUGUUUGACCUGAACUACUUCAAAGUCAAAAAGAACCACAUCCCCCAAAAGCUGGUGGAGAUCAUGUGGCAUCACCCGGAGCACAGGGCGGAGCCGGACGUGCUGCUGCUGCAGAGCCUGAUGUCCACCAUGGACGGCUUCCGCAGAUACAGCCCUCCGCUCCAGCUGCUGCUCUCGCGCAUCGUACGCUACCAGAGGCUGGAGAGGCGUAGGGUGGUUGUGAAGAGAGGCGACCUGGGCCACAGUUUCUACUUUGUCUUCUCUGGCCAAGUGGCCGUCACCAUGGAUACGGACGGCAGCAGCGCCUUCGUGGACAAGGAGCCAAUCCUCAUCAAGAAGGGCAUGAGCUUCGGGGACGUGGCCCUGAUCAAAGGGGUGCGGAGGAACGCCACCGUGGUGUGUGUGGAGGAGACGGAGCUGAUGGUCAUCGACAAGGAGGACUUCUUCGCCAACAAGAUGGACGUGGAGCUCAAACGAGAGUUUCUCUACCGCUUCAACUUCUUCAGGUCACUGGAGCUGGUGUCUUCCUGGUCCAAUACCCUAAUCGAGCGGCUGGCUGACCGCUCCAAAGCUGAGCAGUUCCGCUACGGCCACAUCAUCGUCAGGGACACCAACGACAUGGGCAACCUCAUGUUUAUCGCACAGGGCUUGUGUGAUGUUUUUCGAGAAGUGGACUUGACCAAGUGCAAGGCAUACCAGCGUUUGCUAAAACAUCAGAAGAAGGCAGAGGUUCGUGCCAGGCACGCCUUACAGAAGCAGCAAGGUGGUGCUGUGUCCCACAGGAUAAGCACACAGAGAGUCUCUCCUAACCAUAUGAAAGCUCCAGUUGGUGACGACACAUCCGCUUGGUUUCUGAUUGACACCCUGACACAGGGCAGCACAUUUGGCCUGAAUGAGUACCUGAUCCCCCAGAGGCAGCGUGACGGCCGCAGCCUGACGCUGGUGAGCCACAGUGUUGAGGUGCUGCGCGUGGAGAAGACCUGCUUUGAUGAGCUGGUGGACAAGGAAACACUCACCAAGCUCAAGGACGUGCAGAAGACCUACCCCAGUGACGAGGAGCUGUGUGACGUGAUGCUGCGUCACCGGCGGUGGGAGGAGUUUAAGCAGGGCGUGGUCAUGGACGUCAUGAAUCACUUCAAGCGGCGUGACAUCGGUGACAUCACCGCUUACUGGGACGUUACGACCAACAGCAAAAGCCCCGUCAAGGCCACCGCCACCUCUGGCAAAUCCACCUGAAUGGGUACACACCCUUCCACUACCCAGCAACCACCGACCACUCAUGGACAACAAGAGGGGAAAAGGUUGGGGCAGGCGUGUGCGCGCGUGUGUGUGUAUGUGUGUGAAAUAAAGUAAAGAUUACUCAGUUGGAAUUCA